AUGUUGGACAAAAGCACGUCACAGGCAAUCUGGAGAUCCAUGCAACAGAAUUAUCAUGGAUUAACGAGGGUCAAACGUGCUCAACUCCAAGCUCUUCGACGUGAGUUCAAACUACUGGCGAUGAAGGAUGGCGAGAAGGUUGACAGCUACCUGGGGCACACACUUAGUGUAGUUAACAAAAUGAAAUCUAAUAGUGAAGUAAUGGGUUCCAGCAUAGUGGUUAGCAAGAUAGUUAGAUCUCUAACCACAAACUUCAACUAUGUAAAUUCUCAACCAGAGGAACAAGUCCUGAAAGUUACGCAUGAUGAUAGAGCAGGAGUCAGUCGUGGUCGUGGCCGCGGAAAUCAUAAGCGUGGGAGAGGCCGUGGAAGACAGCCUUUCAACAAGGCACUCAUUGAAUGUUUUCAAUGCCAUAAGCUGGGCCAUUUUCAGUAUGAAUGCCCUGGAGUUGCGAAACAAGCCCAUUACAUGACGCUUGAAGAGGCAACCGAAGUCGAGGAUGAGAUUUUGUUAGUAGCAUAUGCAGAGGUGACACAUUCUGUUCAGAUGGAGGAUUGGUUUCUGGGUUCUGGUUGCAGUAAUCAUAUGACAGGAAAUAAGCUCUAG